AUGAGGCCGGGGCCCACCCUGCGAGCAGCCGCGCAGCAGACGGCGCUGGAGCCCAGGGACACGGCGUGUCCCCGCGAGGACCCCCGGGCGCCGGCGCCCCCCCGGGCCCACGGCGCGGCCCACACGGGCCUCCCGCUGGGGGCGCCGCGCCCCCCGCCCCGAGACCCCCUGAUCUGGUCGGCCUUCAGCACCCUCUACCCGAACCUGUGCUGCCUGGGCUUCCUGGCGCUCGCCCACUCCAUCAAGGCCCGAGACCAGAAGGCUGCGGGGGACCUGGAGGCGGCCCGGCGUCUCGGCUCCAGAGCCAAGUGCUACAACAUCCUGGCCGCCAUGUGGACGCUGGUGCCGCCGCUGCUGCUGCUGGCCCUGGUGGUGACCGGUGCCCUGCACCUGUCCCGGCUGGCCAAGGACUCCGCCGCCUUCUUCAGCACCAAGUUUGACGACUCAGACUACGACUGACCCCAAGGCUGGGCCCUGGCCCGACCCAGGACCCCAGCGCAGGACGCCCCCCCCGCCACCCCGAAGCCUCAGCUUGCUGGGCACCUCAUGUGACCCCAGAGACCCUGACUU